UCCUGACUGUCACAGAUGUUGUGUUGGAGAUGGAUCCUACAUCUGUGUCAGAGGGGGAGAAUGUCACACUGAGAUGUAGAACCAAAUGUACACUGGUCCCCAACACAGCAUACAGUUGGUAUAAAAAUAGACAGUCUAUACCAAACAGCAACACCUCCUCUCCUGUCUUUAUCCUAUUCUCAGUCAGCAGUGAGGAUAUAGGCAGAUACUCCUGUGCUGUAGAAGGACAUGAGGAUCUCCCCUCUGCUGAAGAGACUCUCACUGUCAGAUAUGAACCAAAGGUCACCUCAGUAUCAGUCAGUCCCUCUGGUGACAUAGUGGAGGGCAGUUCAGUGACUCUGACCUGCAGCAGUGAUGCCAACCCACCUGUGGACAAAUACACCUGGUACAAGAAGAACGUAACCUCACCAAAAGCAUCAGGACAGAGUUACAGCAUCACUAACAUCAGCUCUGAGGACAGAGGAGAAUACUACUGUGAGGCCCAGAAUGGAAGAGGAUCUAUGAACUCUACAGCUCUGAUGAUCAUUGUAGCAGUAAAUCCUGCAGCAGUGUUUCCCUGGGUUCCUGUGGUCUGGGUGGGGGCUGUCCUGACUGCUGGAGCUCUGCUCCUCACCAUCUACUGCACUCUGAAGAGGAGAUACACAGGAGGAAGUGAUGCCACAACAGACACACAGGUGAUUAUAUCAGUUACACCUCCACCUUCACACCUGAGAAAAUGA